CUGAGAGAGAAACACCACAGCCGCUCCAAUUACAGAUCAUUUCAGCAGCAGGAGGAGGUCAGGUUUUCUUCUGGGCGGCAGCCACCAUCCUCACAGAGCUGAUCUGAGGAGGAGGAACGUGGAGGUGGAGAACUGUGGCAUCUGGGAUUGUUUUUGCUUUUGCCAUAUGGAAUAUCAAGAGCUGGCUGUUCAUUGAGCACCGGAGGCCGCAGGUGUUUCGUUCAGCUUAGAAGACACAGUGGGAAAUGGAAGUGAGGUUCAAGGAUCAUGUGAGACCAGGAAUGGAGGAGCUAACGAUAUGGGAGCAACAUACAAUAACACUGCUCAAAGAUCCCAAGUAUGGGUUUGGCUUUGCCAUUUCAGGAGGCAAGGAGAAGCCUCACCCGGACAACGGGGACACGGCGGUGGUGGUGUCCGAUGUGCUGCCAAACGGACCGGCCAUAGGACGACUGUUCAACAAAGACCAAAUUGUGAUGGUCAAUGCAGUGGCUAUGGAAAACGUCCACUCUAACUUCACCAUUCAGACCCUCAAGUCAUGUGGCAAGACUGCAAAUGUUACAGUGAAACGCCCUCGAAAGAUCCAGAUCCCGGCCACAACCAGACCUUCUCGGGCCGUCUCCCACUCCAACCUGCUGGACCCGGACCCCCCGAGACGAACACGACGCUUCUCCGACGGCAGCGACAACAGAGACUCCAAGCGCUACGGAGGCCGCGCCCGCAGCUCUUCACCCGAGCGCAACGGGCACGGCAACACGUUACCACUGAUGUCCUCGGGGUACAAGAGGCUACCGCAUCAGGACGUCCCAGAGAAACCACUCAGAACUACACUGAUUAAAAAGAAAAUCACAGAUGAGUACGGACUGAAGCUGGGCAGUCAGAUCUUCAUCAAACACAUGACACAGACGGGCCUGGCUGCCACAGAAGGAACGCUGCAGGAGGGAGACCUCAUUCUCAAGAUCAAUGGCAUGACGACGGAGAAUCUGUCCCUGCUGGAGACAAAGCACCUGGUGGAGAAGAGCCGGGGGAAACUGACCAUGACGGUGCUGAGAGAUGACCGCAAGUUCCUGGUCAGCAUCCCGGAGGUGGCGGACAGCGCCCCCAACAGUGGGGAGGACCGCCGCCGAGACAGCAGCUCUGAGCUGGAAGACAUUUCAGACCUUGAUGAAGACAUCCCUACUUACAGGACGUCCCGUCAUCCCACCCGAGAGAAACGGACACGCAGAACGAGAGCUGAAGCUCCUCUCCCAAAGUCUCGGGAUCCAUCACCGCAGCGCUCCACCUUGGCCCGGCCUCCUGUGAAAACCUACACUCCCCGCAGAGCUCCAUCAGAGUCUGAGUCGGACCGCAGUGCCUCUCCUCCUGUCAGGAAAACCAGCCCGGACCUGAGGGACAACUCCAGCAAAUACAAGACUCUGUCUGGUAUGUCCAGCAUCCCAAACCCCCGGUCCUCUCCUCUGGUCCCCAACUGGAACACCUCCCGCGCCCCGUCCUCCGCCUCCCUGCCCCGCCGGCCGGUGUCCGCGUCAGACUCUGACCGCAGCACCUCCCCCCCGCGGCGCAGAGAGGGCCCCCGCCCCGACACCAGAUACAAAGUGCUUCCUGAUCUUGCUCACGUAGCGCUGAGAUCCUCCCCCAUCAACGUUCGCCAGGAGCCACCAAGGAGGGUCAGCUCUCCUUUCAGAGCCCCGCCCCCAGACUCUGACUCCGAGUCUGAGACCAGCCUGGCUCCUCCUCAGAGGCAGAGCACCACGUACAGCCAGGAAUCACUCAGCAGAUACAGAGUUCUGCCCGACGUCUCCCUGUCGCCGCAGGUCGAGCCGCCGCGAUGGAGCGCCCCCAGCGUCACCGCCAGCAACCCACCACAGAAAGCUCCUUCAGAGACUGAAUCAGAGGCCAGUUAUGCCUCCGUGCCUCGCAGGGCGUCUACCAACAGCACGAGCUCCAACCCAGCCACCGACAGAUACAGAGUCCAGCCUGAGAUAAAACCUGUUUCAGUCACGGUGAAGCAGGAUCCUCCUCGUCGCAUCGCGUCCCCCUCCGAACCUCCUCCUGACGAUUCCUCAGAGUCAGACCAGCUGUCACACCUCAGGAGGUCGGGCAGCUCUGAGCGAGGAGACAACCACCGCAGAGCUCCUCGUGCUGCUAAUGGUACGGUCCGGUCUGGGAUUUCAGUGAAGAACAACCCCCCCGCCUACUCAAAGCCUGUAGAGGAGCCCAUCUACUCCCUGCCUCCAGACUCGUACCCCUCAGCUAAUCCAGGGUACAGCUCAGACCUCCACACAGUGUCGUUUGUGAAGGAGGGCAGCGUGGGUCUGAGGCUGGUUGGGGGCAACGAUGUCGGCAUAUUUGUGGGGGGAGUUCAGCCGAACAGCCCCGCGUACGAGGAGGGGAUGAAAGAGGGAGACCAGAUCAUGAAGGUUAAUAACGUGGAUUUUGGUCAUUUCACACGAGAAGAGGCAGCCAACUUCCUCCUGGACAUCAAGAAAGGAGAGCAGGUUGCAAUCUGCACUCAGCACAAGAUGGACAUUUAUAAGAAGAUCAUCAAGUCUAACCUGGCGGACAAUUUCUACAUCCGUUCCCACUUCGACCACGAGGCAGAGGGGGCCAUCGGCCUGAGCUUCACCAGAGGAGAGGUGUUCAGGGUCGUGGACACCAUGCACCGCGGGAAGCUGGGAAACUGGCUGGCCAGCCGCAUGGGGAACGACCUGCACGAGAUGGACAAAGGCACCAUCCCCAACCAGGCCAGGGCGGAGACAUUGGCCAGCAUCGAGCAGGCGCAGCGGCUGACUGCAGACAGGCAGGUGUCCGGAUCGAGAGCCGAGUUCUGGAAACUACGGGGUCUCAAAGGCAACAAAAAGAAUGAAAAGAACGUCCGGCAGACUCGUGAAGACCUGCUGCAGCUCACCAUCCAGGGCAAAUUCCCGGCCUAUGAGAGGGUCCUGCUCAGAGAAGCUAAUUUCAAAAGACCCAUUGUUAUUCUGGGUCCUCUUAAUGAUAUUGCCAUGGAUAAACUGACUAGAGAGAUGCCUGAUGAUUAUGAAGCAGCAGACAUGGUUCCUCGCAGUGGAGGAGGAGACGGCGCCUCCACAGUUAUCAAACUGGACACUGUGAGGAGAAUAGCAGAGAAGGACAAACACCCCCUCCUGGACAUCACGCCCACUGCAGUGGAGAGGCUGAACUACAUCCAGUACCACCCGAUGGUGCUGUUCCUGGACCCUCACAGCAGGAAAGACGUGAAGGCCAUGAGGCAGAGGUACAGCCCCAACUCCAACAAGAGCUCCAGACGCCUUUACACACAGGCCCUGAAGCUCAGGAAACACUGCAGCCACCUUUUCUCAGCACGUAUUGACCUGCAGCCAAACUCUCAUAUCUGGUACGAGACUCUGAAGGAUAAGAUCCGCCACCAACAGUCAAAGCCUGUCUGGGUGUCUGAAGUGACGCUGGAGACCGGAGCGGAGCAGGACCUGGAUGCUCUGGAUCAGACGCAGUCUGACUACCUGAGUGCUGCCAGUGACCUGGAGGACACUGACGGAGAGGCCUUCACUGACGGAGAGGCCUACACUGAUGGAGAGGCCUACACUGACAACGAUGAACUGGAGGAGGCGUACCCCGGGCAGAGUGCCCCCGCUGCCCCCAGGGUCCCCAGAGGGUCCCGGGCUAUUGGAUCUGCCCUAGCCCGAUCGUCUGAGCCCGCCUCCGAGCGCCUCAGCCCCAUCGAGGACCCCGAGCCUCAAGAAGACCCGAGCCGGGAUAUCCCGCCUUUGAUGCACGUCCCCGAGCCCAGGAUGUCCCGCAGAGAGAGCCACAGCCCCCCGCACAGCCCCCCGCACAGCGCUGCAGAGGAGGAGGACCCCUCCCACCGCAGCUUCUCAGACUCGGAUUUCAGUGCGCAUGAGGUAGUUGCACCCACCCCUCCAUCAGAAGGACCCCCAGACUUUAUAGCCCCUGACCCGUAUGUUCGCCACUCUGUGAACGAGCCAUCUUAUGCUGAGGCCCAGCCGGAGAGCCCGCCCCGUGCCAGCCUGUCUGUCAUCGAGGAGAAACUACAACGGGCGCGCUCUGCAGAGCCGCAGGCGGUGGCAGAGGAGAAGAAAGGCCCUCAGUUCAUCGUGCUAGCACACCAUCAUCAGGCAGUGCAGUUCAGACGCACACAGAUCCGAGGCAGCGACAGCUCUGAGGAGGAAGAGGAGGAGGAGGAAGAGGUGGAGGACAUUGAAUGGGGUCCUGCAACAGAACUCUAGAGUUUACAUCAAGGAUUACAGCUGGAGUUUACUGAUCUAACAAGAACAUGAAAAGGCUUUCACCCCCCCAACAAACUUGUACAGUUGUGGGAUGUUAAAGAUAUCUUACAACCUUUAACAGAUUACUAAACAUUUUAACUUUUGAAGAAAGGUUCUCACAGACGUGCCCGAUUUCUUUUCAUAUUUUUUUUAUUUAAAUGUCAAACAAAUCAUCAUGCCAUUUGACAAGGCUACUGCAUGUAACAUGUAAACAAAUUCUAGUUUUAUUAGAAGUCAUAAUAAAUGAGUCUUUUCAAAUAAAUAUGAUGGAAUGUUUAUGAAAUGUUGUGAUGACACUUUUUCUACAUUAAAAUGUUUUCCUGAUUUCAAAAGUGGGUUUGUUUAAUUUUACUAAAUGCUAUAAAUGUCUUUGCCAGGAUUUACAUAAAAUACAACCUCGAUCUCUGAUAUUAACUGCAUGUGGAAUUUACUUUUUUGUAGACAAACAAUGAUUGAUCAAGUAAACUUUAAAGCAACUGUGACACAGUUUUGAUAUUAUUCUCUCCUUCCAGUCUGGAUGACCAACUGGGAAACACACAAAUGUCACAAAGACAGCAGGUUCUUUUUGUAGCAGUUAUUUUGUGGUUUAUAUACUGAAUUGUGUAUUUGUGACCUGCUCUUAUCGAAUUCAGUCGCAUUGACCCGAAGACACAUUUUGAGUUGUAUAAACUGUUGGAAAGAGGAUAUUCCUA